AUGUUUAUAAUAAAAGUAUUAUUAUUAAUUUUUGGAUUACCAUUCUUAUUUAUUAUUGGUAAUGAUGAUGGUAACAAAACAUUUUACAAAAAAAUUAUAUAUGAUGAAGUUCAUAGACCACAUACAAUAAGUACUCCAUUAAUACCAUGGUAUGAAUUUUAUAAAUUUCAAUUAAUUCUUAUUGGAUGUCAAUUAUUGUUAUUUACUGUCUUUACUAUUAUUGGAUGGGAUCAUUUAAAAUAUUUUUGUUUUGGUACUGAUGAUAUAAAUUCUACAAGAAUGAAAAAAUUUGCAAAAAAGUAA